AUGACCAAGAAUCAGGAUUUCGACCUUCUAAAACCCGCAUCUCACUCCCCACACCGGCCUCGUCACCAAGUUAAACGAUCGAUAACAGAGUUAUCAUCACCAAUCAAGCUGCCCCGAUAUCAUCACUUACAUCAUUUACAACGCAAGGAUCGCGAUAAUGAUGACCAUACUUCAAUGCCUACAAGCCCACUGCUUCAAGUGCCACGAGGCUCACUCGAGUUGCCACGAUCCGAAGGCGCAACUCCCUACGCAAACUCCGAGUCCGGCCUUCGCAUGACCAUGUCGAACCCAACAUACGACGGCUCUACAUUUAAUUUUAGGCCUGCAGCGGUAUCUUCAUUGGACCAUGAAGAACUGCUACGUGAGCAAAAUGAGAAAGCGGCCUCGAGGAUAGCGGGGCUAAGGAAAUCCCUUUUGGAACUAAGCACUUAUUCAACCACAACAACGCAACGCCUAGAUGAUACGUAUUACGCCGUCCUCGAAAAACUCAGCAUGCUCCAGAGCACACUAGGAGCUCUCAGGGAACUCGCCGGCAUGUCGCAAGAGUUAAACGAGAGCUUCAAAGCAGAAUCGGAAGGACUAGUAGCUGAGCUAGAGCAACAGACUAGUUCAUUCGAUCAACUCGACGACCAACAGCAGCGUAUCCAGGAACUGCAAGGACGCAUACACACAGGCCGCGACAAGGUUGAAGCCCUCAGCAAACGAGUGGAUGUGGUACGAGAACGUAUUGAGAAUUGGGAACGGGCGGAUUUAGAUUGGCAAGAGAGAACCAGGAGACGUCUUAAGGUCAUUUGGAUCAUCACGUCCAUUGUGGUCUUCUCCAUGGUGCUCCUCUUCUUCGGAGCUCAGUACGCUCCUUCAUCUGAGGAUAUAUCUACGUUCACGAAUCUAGCAACAGGCACCAGUCUUGGAAAGCCAGACUCGAGCUGGGUUGCAAGCAACCAAAGCCAGAGUGUUGCAGAUACGGUGGACGAUGUGAGAGAAGCGCUGCAUAAGAGAGCAGGCGAUGGCCCUGCUGAAGAUGUUGUGCUUCGAGCUCUUGACGAACUAUAA